GAAGGCGGAAGCGAAAUGGACUGUUUCAUGUUCCGGGGUCACUAUUCUGCUUUUUCUUUUUUAUAGCACGAAGCUAAUUAACCUUAGGCGUAUUGGUAACAUUGACACAUAAACAGCCUCGUGCUGCAGUCGCUGAAAACAAUGCAGGGUGUAAAGCUGAUCCUGGUCCUGGCGAUGGUGCUUUUCGUUUCUUUGCACGGUGCCGAUUCAGCCCGGGCUCGCAAAGACUUCGGCAGCCAGAACAGUUUCAGACGGGUGGCGAACGCUUUUUACCAAACCCUGAGCAGCAUUUUCGGAGAGGACAAUAUCAGGGCUUUAUAUAAGUUUUUCAGUAAGACAACUGAGCGCUUUGUCCAUGGAGUUGACUCGUUCUUGGACACUGUGUGGAAGAUUUGGACAGACCUGUUGGAUGUUCUGGGAAUUGAUUCAUCCAACUUGAGCCACUACUUCAGUCCCGCCUCCGUUGCCAGCUCGCCAGCGCGGGCCCUGCUAUUGGUGGCCGCCGUGCUGCUUGCCUAUUGGCUGCUGUCACUCUUCCUGGGCAGCCUGUUCUACGUGCUGCGGCUGGCGUUUGGCCGCUUCUUCUGGCUGGUGCGUGUAGCUCUCUUUGCUCUCUCCUGCCUCUAUAUCCUGCACAAGUUCGAGGGUGACCCGGAGCGCGCCGUGCUGCCGCUGUGUGCCGUCAUGGCCGUCUACUUCAUGACGGGGCCCGUUGGGGCCCACUGGCGCCGGGGAGGCGGCAGCUCGUUGGAAGAAAAGAUCGACCACCUGGAAACCCAGGUCCGGCUGCUCAACAUCCGCCUCAGCCGGGUCAUCGACAACCUGGAGCGUUCUGCUGACCAGUAGAUUGCCAUGCAUUAGGGAUAUGGGGGGCUGGGGUGGGGGGGUGGGUUACUGCAAUAUACUGAAUUUAUGGGCUUGAAUCUGGGGGGGGGUGGGGGUGGGGGGGAUUGUUUCUAAACUUUCCAAACCACGACAGGGACCUACAGGACAUAGAUGUUCAGUACAGUAUGGCGUAUCUCAGUAUUAGUGUAGUGUUGCAAAGCACAGUGAAGGUGUGUCAGAGGACGGAUGUAUGGAAGAUCAGGAAGGUGGUCAUGGAAGCUCUUAGAGUACUAAUGAGGGGAAGGUAACAGCACUGCAGUGUUUACCGACAGCCUGUGAUCGAUGUUUCCUCAGCCAGAGGAAAUGACUGGCUGGAUUUUUCAGAGUGUCUGUCAUGUAGCCCCACACAGUGAAAGCCGCUCUGUCCUCCAUGUUUACUUUACCGCAUCUUACGUUCUUUUCCAACAUAACAACACUAUAAUGGCACAUACACUCUGACACGGCCUGGCUGUUUUAUACCACCCAAAGGCCACCAAGUCUCAGCUUGUUUUCAUUGUUAAUUUUUUUUUCUUUUUUAAAUUUGGUAAAUUGUGCAUUUUUGCUUUCCAAGAUGAUUGUCAGGAAUGGAAUGGAAAGUUAAAAGUGGUAGAUGCUGCAUUGUAAUGAAAAUCGUGUUACUACUGGAAAGCUAGACAUGCUUCUGUAUUGCUGUUCACAUUCUUGAAGGACUGUAGGUUAACAUUAGUAAUUAUUUCUUUAUUAUUGCUCUCUGGCUGUUCCAUGUUCUCCUCUACUCCUAGAACUUGUAUGAUAGUCUUUUGAUUUUGAAAAUCAGGUUUAUCUUAACAGCUCAGAAGAAGCACCCUUGUAUAAAAGUCCAGUUCUGUUUUAAAACUCAAGUUUAAUUACAGCCAACAGUCAUUCCAGUGUAUUUCUGUCUGGUCUUUUAUUAAAGUCAGUUUAUGAUGAAGCAGAGUGUGGUGAGGUCAGUACAUUCCAUUUAUCAACCGCAGUAGUCGAGGUCUCUGUUGUUAGUAAUGGAUUUUAUUUUUCUUUUUUGCUCGUAAUAGAUUGCUUUCUCUGGACAGUGCUGAGAAACAGCAAGCCAUCCUGAAUGAACUGUCAAUGUUCCUCCAUAGCAAUAGAUUUCUCCAGGUUAAUUUCAGGUCUUUUUUAGUCAUGGACCAAUAGGAGGGCUGGUCCUUCUGUGUGUGUAUGUGUAUGAGAGAGAGAGAUUGUCAAGCUGACCUAGGAAGUAUUUAUGUUACACCUGCAUGUGUAUAAAUGAGUAAAAUGAUUGAAAUGUAAAACUGCUAACAUGAUCUAGACUUGUCUCGCACGAUUCUGAUGCACUGUGUGGAAACGCAGACUUUUAAGAAGCACAGGGUUACACGUCAUCUGUCAGCCAUGUGUAAUGAGGUUAAAGGAACAUUCUCAACAUGCAAACCCCAUAAAGUUUGACUCCACAGGGUUAAAUCAUAGCAAAUCUGUUACACGUUCCAAAUACCGGAGGAAGGAAUUCGUUAAAUAUUGCUUAUAAGAAUCUCUUGUAGCACCUUGUAUUUGCUGAAUUGCUGUUGGGAAGCACUGCACCUGUGUUUCACACAGUAAGUUUGUGUUUUAAGGUGUAAAUCAUGAGAGUGUAGCUGUCAACUCCUUUUAGAUUCAAAGCUCUUAAAGGCAGCUGCAUACCCUGGGAAUGGAUUUGGUUGGCCUUAGAUUGAAUUCAUUUAGCACUGGGAACAAUGCAUUUAAUGUGUUCCAGGCACAAAUUAGUCAGAUUUUAGCUGGCUAUUCAUUUUAUAUAGAUAUUUGUUAUGUAUAUUUAACAUAUAUGGUCUAUGUGUAAUAACACGACAGUUUAUUUUUAGACAUUUCAGAGGGUAAGCUGAUUAAACUCUACACAUAUUGAAGACCUUAUCAAUAUAUGUGUUAGUGGGUCAAACCAUGAUAGUGAAGUUAAAGAUUUCCAUGUUAUAUUACACCUUAGCAUUGAGCAAAAAUGUAGGCCUCCAUUUUUAUUUACUCUCAGCUUCACAGCAGUUUCAGCUGGCUCAGUGACAGAUAUCUAUGUAGUUUUCAAAAAUUUUACAGUAACAAGAUAUACUAGUAAUGUGGCAGGAGAACUUCAAGCUUGUUAUAGCAGUGCUGGUUAAGUCAAUGUGUCCAGUACAGCUUAGUUUAUAAGCAGAAAUGCUAAACAAGAUUUGCCAGGGAAGCAGCCCCACCCGUUUUGGUGGGUGUAAUACAAGUACAGUAAGACAGCUACAGUAGCUCAUUGCACGGUGACACGCUUGGCUUAAGGUGACCAAGUAGCCUUGCGUUGCUGUUGCAUCUCAAAUCACAUGUGCAUGCCUCUGUAUUUAUAUUUACUAUCGACUAAGGAGAUCUUUAGCGUUUUUGUCCAGAUUCUUGUUUUUCAUCAUGUGCUACUGUGGAAAUGUGUAAGAUCUCUGCUUAUUCAUGAAUCCAUGUUGAAUUUUAUAUUGGCUUUUCUUAAAGCUUGAAUUAAUUUUAGCUCUAUUUUUCAAAGGCCUGUCAAAUUAGGGGUUAAAAAUAGUAACUGUAAGCAAAUAAAACUAGAUCAUUUUCAUAAAAAUAUUAUCUAUCAAGAGUUUUUAUUAAAAUGUUAGAUAUUCUUUAAAUCUAAGGGAUUCCACAGUACUUGAUUGAAGACAUUGAGCCAAAUUCUGUAACGAGUGUGGUCCUUCAUCAAAAGGAUUAUACUCAUCUCUGGCUUUUGUCCUUUCACUUAAAUUUAAUAUCUCAGGCAUCUUUGUGCUCAUUAUUAAACAAGAAUAUUAUUGUAUAUAGUAAGAGUAUUUUUCCUUUGUUUUCAAGAACCUCUGCUGUUAUCAUUUCAUUCUCAACCAUGGGGAAAUUUACUGUAUAUGCUACAGUUUGAUAUAUUUUAGCAUCUGAAUUGUGGCCAGAAAUGCUGUGUGAAAUAUAAAUGUAAAUGGGGGGUGCCCAGUCCGAAGGCUGAACCAAUAUUCCCAUAAGGUGCCAUUAGAGGGCGACCUGCCCUACUCUCUGUCCAGGCCAUCGAGUUCAUACUGAAAUCAGCAUUGCAUGUGGAUUACUCUGACAUGCUUGUUACCUGGUCCUUUUUCUGUUAAAUUUUUGCUACUGCUUUGCAUGUUUGGCCUUUUCGUUCUGUGCAUAGUGAAACAGCUUUUUGUGAUAGUGUGACAUUAGGGUCCUCCUAUUAGAUUCUGAAAUUCUUAAAGAUUAAGAAGUUGAUAUUUGGAAGUCUUUGGAUAGUAUUUUAAAUGUUUCAGUGCUGUAGAAACAUGACCAUUUAAAAAUGAAAAAUGGCUUAAAAAUAAAAGCAGUUAAUCCACAGGGUAGUAGUGUUAUGCUUUCCUAGUUUCAUCAGUUAAGCUGUGGAGCUCCCAGGCAAUAAGCUUCAUUUUUGCAUCUCUUGUGCUAUGUAGCUGCUGGCUGUCGCAACAACACUUUUCAUGUGCGUGUUAGUGUAUGCAAGAAAGCAGGCCUAUUAGUUGUAUUUUGAAGAGCUGAUUAUUUCUCUGCAUAUUGCACUGUAGUAUAGAGACCAGGGUUAAUUUGUUCUGCUGGUGUGAGGUUCAACCAAAGUAUCAUUUCAGAAUAUUUGCAAGUAUUCAGGUUUUGAAGUAGUGUGUGAAGGACUGCUAUUUAAAGAAGGGAAGUAUUGACACUGUAAAUGAAAUAAAGGAGAGUAGCAUACUGUGAGAAUCAGCACAAAGAGACAACUUCUUUGACAAAUACACCUUAAAUGUGCUAUUGCCAAUAUUCAUUUCCUCAUUCACUCUUUUUUUCUCACUGAAACACUGAAUUUUGUGUUUAAAACUUUGAAAUAGCAAGUACUUCUGUUUUUUGUAUGUUUUCUUCUUUUGAUAUGAAAAUUUCCAGUAUUUGUGGUUUUGGGAGUGGUAUAUCUAAUGCCUGCUGUUGACUACUGAUGUGUUAUGAGUGUUGUGAUAUGAAGGUAUAAUUUUAAAGUGAAGUAGAGGCUUGGAAUUGAAUUAAAUUACUUUAUCAUUAC